UGGUUUCCAUAGUAUUAUUUUUAUGUCACAAGUGUAUGUAUACUUCAGUUUUUAAUCAUUGAACUGCUCCAAAAAUGGCUGAAAGAAUAAUUCCAUCCAGUAACACAUUAGUGAAAUAUGAUAAUCCUACAUUAGUAACAAAGCAUGAGGAUCGUAAGAAGGAGAAAGGAAGAGAUGAAUCUCCAACCAAGGGAAAAGCAACUUCAGCUGGAGCUGAUGCUAAAAGAGAAACUGAAGAGAUACUGAACACUAUUUUACCGCCCUUAGAAUGGGAGGAAGAUGGACAAAUGUGGAGGCAGCAAGUCUCCACAAACCCUGCUACAAGAUUGGAAGUUGUGAAUUUACAAGAGCAGUUAGAUAUGAGGUUGCAGCAGAGACAGGCGAGAGAAACUGGAAUUUGUCCUGUACGGAGAGAACUUUAUACCCAAUGUUUCGACGAAAUAAUUCGCCAAGUAACUAUAAAUUGCGCAGAAAGAGGUUUACUCCUACUACGAGUGAGGGACGAGAUGCGCAUGACAAUCGAAGCUUACCAGGCUUUGUAUUGCAGCAGUAUCGCUUUCGGCAUGCGCAAAGCCCUUCAAGCUGAACAGGGGAAGUCCGAUUUGGAAGGGCAGGUUGAGCAACUGAAAAACGAAAAAUUGGAGCUCGAGCAUCAGAUCAUCGAGUUGAAACAGAGGGCUGAACAGGCUGAUCGAAGGGCUGCUGAAACGAGAAUGGCUGAGGAAAGGAAACAUACUGAAGAGAUUGCGUUUUUGAAGAAGACUAAUAUGCAGUUGAAGACUCAACUAGAAGGAAUUAUAGCACCAAAGAAAUAAGAAAAAAACCAGAGGACAAUUGUAUUUAUAUAUUAAAAUUUAAGUCUCUCUCCAAA